AAAAGAACGUAAUUGAGUUCUUUAAAUUGAAGCCUUUCGUAGCCAUUAAUAGGCUCAAUUGGUUAUAUAAUCUACACAAUCUUGAUAUAUUACUAGCCCACUUUGUUCAGCGAAUUUCCAGAUAAAGUUUCUCGUCAACCUGUUUUAUAAGUAAAAACGCUGCAGCCCAGCGCAGUCGAUGAUAUUCAACCACAAUUAAGAUAAGCUUGCUAUUUUCUGUAGAGUGGUAGAAAACGAUGCAAGAAGAUCCCGGGAGGGAGUUGACGGACAGAGAAGCAGCCACAUGGAACACAAAAUUGCCUGAUUUGGUGCAAGAGCUGAAGAAGGUGAGUUACAUCGCAGCACCGAUGAUAACUGUCUCAGUUUUGCAGUAUCUGCUGCAAGUUGUAUCAGUAAUUAUGGUGGGACACCUCGGUCAGCUCACCCUGUCGAGUGUUGCCAUUGCUACUUCUUUAACUAACAUCACCGGCUUCAGUCUUCUUUCGGGGCUGGCUGGCGGCCUGGAAACGCUUUGCGGGCAGGCUUAUGGAGCGAAGCAAUACUACAAGCUCGGAAUCUAUACAUACAGCGCAAUAUUUUCACUAGCUCUGGUUUGCAUCCCUGUGUGUGUUCUGUGGCUGUUCAUGGAGAAACUGCUUGUGUUGAUGAGACAAGACCUUUCGGUCGCGCUUGAAGCACAAAAGUACUCUUUGUGGCUCAUUCCUGCACUAUUUGCAAUUUCAAAGCCUCUAGUACGAUACUUGCAGACUCAGAGCUUGAUUUUGCCUAUGCUCGUAAGCUCGUUUGUUGUGCUAUGUUGCCACGUUCUGACGAGUUGGGCUCUCAUAUAUAUGUCGCACAUGGGAAGCAAGGGUGCAGCAAUAGCUACCUGUAUAUCAAAUUGGAUAUAUGUGAUUGUGCUGGCGUUAUAUAUCAAAUUCUCUUCAUCUUGCAAACAUACAAGAUUGGCAUUCUCCGUUGAUGCUUUUCGUGCUAUGCGGCGGUUCUUCCGCUUGGCGCUUCCAUCUGCAGUCAUGGUUUGCCUGAAAUGGUGGUCGCUCGAGGUACUUGUUCUGCUCUCUGGUCUUUUACCAAAUCCAGAACUUGAAACAUCAGUGCUAUCAAUAUGCCUAACAAUUUCCACACUGCACUUUACUAUUUCAUACGGGCUCGGAGCUGCAGCAAGCACUCGGGUAUCAAACGAACUUGGCGCUGGAAACCCACACAAGGCCCGGACAGCAGUUUUGGCCGUCAUGUUUCUUUCAAUCACAGAACUUAUCAGCACAAGCAUAGUCCUGUUCUCCUGUCGUCACAUUUUGGGCCGGGCUUAUAGCAACGAGAAGCAAGUCGUGAAUUACGUCGCUGUAAUGACUCCUCUUAUAUGCGCCUCCACGGUCACAGACAGCCUACAAGCAGCUAUCUCCGGAAUUGCAAGAGGGAGUGGGUGGCAACAUAUUGGUGCUUAUGUGAACUUAGGGGCAUUUUACCUAGUGGGAAUUCCAGUGGCUGUACUGCUUGGCUUCGUUGUUCACUUAAAAGCAAAGGGAUUUUGGAUUGGAAUAGUGAUUGGUUCCAUCUUGCAAUCAGCCAUUCUAUCAGUCAUAACAGGCUUCACAGAUUGGCAAAAGCAGGCUAUUAAAGCGAGGGAAAGGAUAUCUGGGGGCGGAUCAUCAGAAGCAAAUGAUUAAAGAAAAACAAUUUAAAAAAACUUGAAGGUAGGAUAUGGUCUAAGAGUAGGCCCUCCAUUUUUCUCUUUUUCUUUUCUCGACCUGUAAAAAUAAUUUGAUGUUGAUUGUAGUGUGCUUUUUUCAGUC